GUAUCACUGAAUUUCCUUUUGUGAACGUCUGAAAUUAAAAAAAAAAAAAAAAAGUAACAACUGCCCCCUGGGCUCCCCCAUUCUCUUCUCGCCUUCUGUCAGAUUUUUUAUUCACAUAAAUAAAAUGCGUGUUCUUGGGCUCUGGAACGUUUCAAAACAGGCACAGUUUGCUUUUAAGCCCACUUUGAUUUCGAAGCAUUUGAACCAUACAAAAGCCUUUGUGACCACACCUAUUUAUUAUGUGAAUGCAGUUCCUCACAUCGGUCAUUUAUAUUCAACCGUCUUAGCCGACACCAUUCGUCGUCAUUAUGCCUUGCAUGGAAAGCAGGUCUUAAUGUCAACCGGUACAGACGAACAUGGUUUGAAGAUUCAACAAGCCGCUGAUAAGAACAAUAUGAAACCUAUCGAGUUUUGUGAUAAAGUGUCUGAAAGCUUCAAGAGUUUAUGCGAGGCAGCUGACAUUGGAUACACAAGUUUUGAACGUACCACCAACAAACAUCAUAUUUUAGCAGUGAAUGAACUAUGGGAUCAAUUGUUGAAAAAGGGUUACCUUUAUAAGGGAAAGCACGAAGGAUGGUAUGCAGUUUCAGAUGAAGCUUUUUACACCAAGAACCAAGUGCACGAAGUACUGGAUGAAAAGUCAGGGGAAAAAGUCAUGGUGGCUAUUGAGUCAGGUCAACGUGUAGAAUGGACAGUAGAAGAAAAUUAUAAAUUCAAACUGUCUGCGUUUGGUGAUCGUCUUUUAGAAUGGAUUGAUGCUAAUCCUAAAUCGAUUGUACCUAACAACAGAAAAAACGAAGUCAAAUCUUGGAUCAAUGCUGGACUUGCGGAUUUAUCUGUCUCUAGAUUAAGAUCUCGUCUUGACUGGGGUAUUCCUGUUCCAAAUGACCCCGACCAUACCAUCUAUGUCUGGUUGGAUGCAUUAACCAACUAUCUUACAGCUACUGGAUAUCCUUGGAAUAAGGAUUCAAAAAACAAGGAUUUCUUUCCUCCUGAUGUCCAAGUCGUAGGAAAGGACAUUGUUAGAUUCCAUGCUAUUUACUGGCCUGCAUUUUUAAUGGCUGCAGAAUUGCCAUUACCUAAACAAAUUCUUGCUCACGCUCAUUGGACUAUGGGAAAGCAAAAAAUGUCCAAGAGUCGUGGUAAUGUUGCCGAUCCUUUCCAAGUCUUGAAAGACUGCGGUGUUGAUCCCGUUCGUUACUACCUCGUUCGUGAUGGUGGUCUUGCUGAUGAUGGAGAUUACUCUGAAGAUAUGAUUAGAACUAGAUAUAAGAAAGAUUUGGCAAGUCAACUUGGUAAUCUGCUGAACAGAAGUACAGCCAAAACAUUACUUUCCGAUGGUAUUGUACCUAUCAAAAGUGAUACGUUAGAUGCCAGAGAUGAGUUUAUGCACAAGGAAAUAUCAGAGACAGCAGAAAACUUUGAUAAAGCAUUUGAGGAACGUGAAUUUAGUAGAGCAUAUACAUAUAUCUUUGAUAUGCUGUCACAUGCAAAUAAGCAUUUCGCAGAUAACGAACCUUGGAAUCUUGCAAAGAAACCUGAGGAAAAGCAGCGUUUGAACGAUGUCCUCUUUUAUUCUUUAGAAGCAUGUCGUAUCGCCGGUAUUUUAUUACAGCCUGUCAUGCCUACAAAGAUGGACAGUUUAUUAACACGUUUAGGUGUAUCUGAAAAUGACCGCUACUUUAAGAAUGCAAAAGAGUUGACUAAAGUCGAAAGACCUUUAGGAGAAAUAGAUGGUGUGUUAUUCCCUCGUCUUUAAAAAUAUAGAAUGAUCUUUUUUAACAAUAAAAAACUCCCCCGGGGGUCUCCGCUUAUAUUCGCAUGGAAACGCAUUGUCCAUUUUUAGGCAAGACUGUGGUGUGGGGAGGAAUAAACUGGAAAAAUGGGUAAAAAAUCUUAUCAUAAUCUUGCUCCAAUUGGUUUCUGUUUACCUAUACUCGUGACUCCAAAAAAGUCUAAUUAUGAUUUUUCAACGCCAUUUCCCCCGCAUUA